GCCCCUCUCCUUCCCUCCCAUUCGAGCGCUGGUCCAACGAAGGGGGCGAGGAUGUUGUCGGUCCUUCCACGGGUGGAGCGUCUCUCCGCGCGGGUGGUGCGUGUGCUGGGCUGCAACCCGGGGCCCAUGACCCUGCAGGGCACCAACACAUACCUGGUGGGCACCGGGCCCAGGAGGAUACUUAUUGAUACAGGUGAACCCUCCAUCCCCGAAUAUAUUAGCUGUUUGAAACAAGCACUUACUGAAUUCAGCAUCUCAAUCCAGGAAAUUUUGGUAACCCAUUGGCACCCUGACCACACUGGAGGCAUUCCUGAUAUUUGUAAAAACAUCCCCGCUACUACUGAGUAUUGCAUCAGUAAACUGCCACGUAACCCCCAUUGUGAAGAAGUAAUAGGAGAAGGAAAACAAAAAUAUGCAUACCUGAGAGAUGGAGAUGUCUUAAAGACAGAAGGAGCAACCCUCAGAGUUUUAUAUACACCUGGGCAUACAGACGAUCAUAUGGUUUUACAUCUCCUUGAAGAAAAUGCAGUAUUUUCUGGAGAUUGUAUUUUAGGGGAAGGAACAGCUGUGUUUGAAGAUCUUUAUGAUUACAUGAAAUCUUUGGAAAAACUACUGGAAAUGAAAGCUGAUUUAAUAUAUCCUGGACAUGGUCCAGUAAUAAAAGAGGCCAGAGCUAAAAUCCAAGAAUAUAUUGCUCACAGAAAUGCACGUGAGCAGCAAAUUUUAAGUGUCUUGCAAGAGAACGCUGGAAAAUCUCUCAGAGCAGAUGAACUUGUGAAAAUUGUAUAUAAGGACACACCUGUACAUUUACAUAAAGCUGCAGAAAUAAACCUCACACAUCACUUGAAGAAACUAGAAAAGGAAGGGAAAGUGUUAUAUGAAAAUUCUCCCAGCUCCCGGUGGAAAAGCAGUUUAUAAUUAUGACCCUAUAUAAAGUGUAAUGUUGGCAUGCAUAGUUUUCUCUAUAUUUUGUGAAAUUAGAAACAAUGAAAUUGAAAAAGUCAAAACUAUAUUUUUUUAAUGGAAAAGAUGCUUGAGAAUUUCAGUACAGUAUUUCAAAAGAGCACUUCUAUAAAUGUCAAAUUAUUAUGUCUUCCAUCAAAAUAAUUUAAAUAAAGUGCAAUUGUUCACAUAAA